CCGGCAAAGAAAGAUUUCUCGCCUUCUUUCUGCUCGCGGCGAAACCGCUUCUCCCUGCCGGCCGUGGUGUUCCUCCUCGCCAGCCAGCGAAAACGCGCAAGAGCUGCGGUGACGAACCGAUGACAUCACAUGCAACUUGCAGGCAGACAAGAACGGCGAAGCGGCCGGCUCAGCAUCGGACAGGGAAAUGUCUUCUCCUUUUUUUUCGCCGCUUUUUUGACCGCCGCCUUCCACGCUGUCGCACACUCUGGAAAAGGUCUCCGCGAUCGCCAGUUCGGGAUCUACUGUCGGCGCUUUCUUUUUUCUCCUGCGUGUAGACACCUCGACAGACUAUUCAAACAGCCAUGCGCAAAGCUCUCCCUUUUUAGCAUCCAGCUUCUUCCUCUUUCUCCGUUCCGCCUCCUGCAAAACAACGCCGGAGCGCCUCGCCUUCGUCUUUCUGCGCGACGACCGCUGAAGUCGCUCUCUGAACGCGUCAAAAUCUCGACAGCCUCGGUGGACUUCGGCGCCGCCCCGUGCCAACGUUUCUCUCGCAUGACAAGUCCGUGCGUCAAAGAAGUCACGAACUCGACGGUGAGGAGCCGCGCUCGCCUGCCAAGCCUCUCCCUCUUCUGCAGUCCACUCCACAGGGAAUAGACAGCAAACGCCUUCUUCGAGGCUAUCUGCAGACAAGCUUCUUCUUCUGCUUGUCUGAUUUCUUCUCCCCUCCUUCUUCGCCACAAUGGAGGAGGGACAGGGACUUCACAGGCGAGGCGCGGGGAGGUCUUUCGCGUCGGGCACUGGCGAGAGUCUGGACGUCUCCCCAGGAAUGCACCGAAGGGCAACUUCUUCUCUCUAUCGCGAGGACGCGGGGAGAGAGUCAGAGACUCCGUCAAGAAACAGCUGUGGCAGACUGCGGAGUGAUGAGGAAGUCGAGGCGCUCUACGCAGGCCUCGAUUUUGUGGGCCAAACUAUCGAAGCCUCGAAAGUCAAGUACACCUGGCUGCUAACGAUCAAAGGAGUGAAACAUGAAGUCGCGUUUUUCCACUCGAAAGUGACUGGAAAGAAGCGCCUCAUCGUCGAUGGCCGCAUCAUCAACGAGCAGUUCAGCAUGCGAGCGCACAAGUUCCUCUACAGCUGGCCGCUGCAGGAGCAUCUUCUCUCGAUUUUCUUCGAGGCCUCGGGGGGACUCUUUCACCUGACAAUCGACGGCCUGCCCUUCUCCUACUUCAAGCGCCGCAACCGCAUGCAGCGCCAUCCUCAUCUGGCGGCGGAGGAACGCAGAGGACAUUCGUCGGCGUAUGCAACUGCAGCUGCAUGCAUCGCUGCGAGUUCAGGAGCAUUGCCUGCUUCGGUCUCCUUGCCUGGGCGACAAGGCUCUGCUGUCUCCUUCGCCCCCGCGCCUGUAGAAGGCCCUUUACGGCCUGUCUCUUCUUCUCACGGUGUCUCUUCUCGCCACCGCUCUUCUCUCCCCUCGAACGUCCCCACAGCGGCCGGACCAAGAAGCCGCCUGGCAACUUCAGACGAACCUCCAGCCGCAUCAGCAGGCGCUGCAGGCACAGAGGAACGAAGAAGAGCAGAAGGGAGAAGAGAAGAAGGGAGGAGAGGAGAAGCAAAGAUAGGAGAAGGGAGAAGAGAAGAAGGAAGGGAAGAAGGGAGGAGAGAUGAAGGAAAGAUAGGAGACGGGAGAAGAGAAGAAGGAAGGGAAGAAGGGAGGAGAGAUGAAGGAAAGAUAGGAGACGGGAGAAGAGAAGAAGGAAGGGAAGACGAAGGGAGGAGAGAAGAAGGAAAGAGAGAAGAAGGAAACAGAGGAGAAGGAAAGAGAGGAGAAGGGAGAAGAGAAGAAGGGAGGAGAGGAGAAGCAAAGAUAGGAGAAGGGAGAAGAGAAGAAGGAAGGGAAGAAGGGAGGAGAGAUGAAGGAAAGAUAGGAGACGGGAGAAGAGAAGAAGGAAGGGAAGACGAAGGGAGGAGAGAAGAAGGAAAGAGAGAAGAAGGAAACAGAGGAGAAGGAAAGAGAGGAGAAGGGAGAAGAGAAGGAGGAAGAGGAGAAGGAAGGGGAGCAGAAACCGCAAGUGGAGCAAUGGAGAGUAAACGAGUAGAAGGAACUCGAUCAGGAGAGAUCUGCGAGUCUCAAGGCAGCGAAGAGGGUGGUGUAGAUCUCUUAGAGUUGUUUGGAGCGUCCGCCCCGCCUCCCAAGCAGAACAGUCUCUCUCUCCUGGCCAUGGGAUCUGGUCUCGUAUUUGCUUCUGACUCGCCUCGCGAACCAGAGCGCUGCACUUCCUCUCUCGACGCCUUGCCUCUCUCGGUCUUCGCCCCCCAUUACGGAGAACCGCGAGGGCGGGAGCCUGAUGCUUUCGCUUCUGCUUCUCCUCAAUGCGCUUCGUUUCACUCUCGCUCUGCGCAAGAGUCGUCUUUGUCUUCAUCCCCUCUCCCUCUGUGCUCCGCUGGGGUGCGUCGAGAACGCGUGGACGCUGACCAAGAGUUCGCAGCUGGCUCUGCCUUUGUGAGGCGAGACAUCCCUUUCUCGGCUGCUGCUCCCGAGGCCUCGCUCGCCACACCAUGGGCCGCAAAAGACUCGGACGCUGCUUUUGCGUUUUCUCACUCUCCGCCGGGCAUCUCUGAAGCGUCGCUGCCGCAGCUUCAGGGAUGGUGCACGACCCCGGGAGCAACUGCGAAGAAUCCUUUGGCGGGCACUGAGGCGGGAGAUGUGCGACUGCCUUCUCCUCUGAGUUCUCCCGCGUUUUGCGUCUCUCCACAGCACAGCCCUCGACCGAGGGAGGCGAGUUCCGCCUGCGACCGGAGUGAGAGGGAGAGAGGCCCGGGGAAGAGCACAGGCCAGGAGCAGCGAUUCUCUUUUCAGCAAUCGGAGACGCUCGAUGCUUCUGCUCCUCUUGCGCUCCUCGCGGGAGACGCACAGAAAAACGCGACUGUUGCCGUUUCUCUUCGCGGUGCCUCGCCGUCUCUCUCGACUUUCGACGGAUCUGGAGGGCGCCCUCGAGCCGCGGAGCGUCAGAGCGCUCUGGCGCCUGAGGAGGACCGGGCAUGUUGGUCUCCUCGCAGAGACGAAGUCGCGACAGCUGCAGCGCCUUCCGAAGAAGGUCGUUUCCUCGGCAAGUUAACAGGAUUAAAGGAAUGGGGAGACGGGGAACGGUGUCUUCGGUUGGAAGCAGAAAGACACACCGAAAGAGAAGAACUGCGAGCAAGUGAAAACUCCGGAGGCGGUGGCGCUUCACAGGAAGCAGCGCGAAGACAACGAAGCCCCGAGACCUGCGUCGAAAUCGGGUGGGGAGGAGCGGGAGGAGAGAGAGGAGAGAGAGUGAGAAGAGAAGGAAGAAGCGAGAACGCAGGACAUGAGAACUCGGGAAGAACUGUCUUCUUCAGUUCAGGAGUCGGGAGACAGGAUGGAAGCUUCUUCAGCGUAGCAGGCGACGACAGCAGGCCGGGACUGAGUGCGGGAGAGAAGGCUGGGGAGAAGGUGACAGACACGCAGAGACAGGAGAUGGGGAAGAACAUCGAGAGGACCCAGGCCGCGAGAAGAGAGGAGGCGGAAGAGGAAGAGAAAGAUCCAUUUGCAGACUUGAUGAGCCUCGCAGGCUCGAAGUUUCAACUCCCGACGCAUGCAGAGCCGACCGCAUCCGGCGACGCGCGCUCCUCACACCUGGCUUUCUAAAGUGGAGAGAAACAACAGAGGAGAGCAAGAAGAGCAGAAAAAGAAAGAGGAGAGAAGUGAGACAGAGGGACGUAAAAGAUAGCAACAGGGAAAGACCAGGGACAAAAAGAGGCGUGGAAGCAUGAAGGCAGACAAAGCGAGAGAAAAGAAAGGAAACAGAUGGAAAGGGAACCAGCAGCCACAAACAACAGCGGCAAAACUACAUGAGGAACGCGACGCCUCGAUAAAGAAAAGCAGUGCUCUCCGCUCAUCUCCACUGACGAACCUGCGACUCGCCAGCUGCAGACAGCGCGCCCUCGUAAUGCAGAGCUCUCCACGAGCAAAAAAUGUGGAUAGCCGAUGUAAACCUGAAAAUGCGUAUAGCUGGUAUACCCGUCAAUAGGUAUCUGAACCUAUCUAUCUAUCUAUAUAAAUAUACAUAUAUAUAUAUAUAUAUAUAAAUAUAUAUACCUUCGCUGCGUAUGCGGACGGCAUGAAGAGCCGUCAGAAGAGGAUUUAGUAUUUUCGAGGACUUUUGAAAUGCAUUUGCUUGCCUAGGUGCACACGUGCAUGCGUGCAGACCUUUUUGUAGCUGCGUGAGGGUCGACUUCGGUUGAAAAGCUUUUGUUUUAAGAGUUGGGGAGACAUCGAGCGCGAGGUGGAGUGACUCUCUCGCUGAUCUGGUGUUCUUUUCUUUCUUUUCCUCACACGAACGCAGCAAAAAGUGUGGCAGAGGUACCGAGUGCAGUGGUGGGGAGUCACGAGGG